CUCCUCCCGCUCCGCUCCGAAGCGCCGUUCUCCCGCCGUUACCCGCGCCGCUCCAGCUCUCACUACCCAGCGACCAAAGAUCUGCCUGCUGACAAAGCCUGACCUGACCCAACGCAGCUCAAGAUGGACACCGGUGUCAUUGAAGGUGGAUUAAAUGUCACGCUCACCAUCCGGCUACUCAUGCAUGGGAAGGAGGUCGGCAGCAUCAUUGGGAAGAAAGGGGAGUCCGUGAAGAAGAUGCGCGAGGAGAGUGGUGCUCGCAUUAACAUCUCCGAAGGGAACUGCCCCGAGCGGAUCAUCACCCUUGCUGGCCCCACCAAUGCCAUCUUCAAAGCUUUUGCGAUGAUCAUUGAUAAACUGGAAGAGGACAUCAGCAGCUCAAUGAGCAACAGCACUGCUACCAGUAAACCUCCGGUGACGCUGCGACUGGUCGUACCAGCUAGCCAGUGUGGCUCUCUGAUUGGCAAGGGAGGCUCCAAGAUCAAGGAGAUACGAGAGAGCACGGGGGCACAGGUCCAGGUGGCAGGAGACAUGCUGCCCAACUCGACCGAGCGAGCCAUCACCAUUGCUGGGAUCCCACAGUCCAUCAUUGAGUGCGUCAAACAGAUCUGCGUUGUCAUGCUUGAGUCUCCCCCGAAGGGCGUCACCAUCCCGUACCGACCCAAGCCAUCCAGCUCUCCCGUCAUCUUUGCAGGCGGUCAGGACAGGUACAGCAGCGGCAGUGCGAGCUACCCCCACACCGCCCCAUCCAUGUGCCUCAACUCUGACCUGGAGGGACCACCUCUGGGGGCCUAUGCCAUUCAAGGACAGUAUGCCAUUCCACAGCCAGAUCUGACCAAGCUGCACCAGUUGGCAAUGCAACAGUCACACUUUCCAAUGUCUCAUGGCAACACUGGAUUCAGUGGUUUGGAUGCUUCUGCUCAAACCACCUCUCAUGAACUCACCAUUCCAAAUGAUUUGAUUGGCUGCAUCAUUGGGCGUCAGGGCGCCAAGAUCAAUGAGAUCCGCCAGAUGUCCGGGGCGCAGAUCAAAAUUGCCAAUCCAGUGGAAGGAUCUACUGACAGGCAGGUUACCAUAACUGGAUCUGCAGCGAGCAUUAGCUUGGCCCAGUAUCUAAUUAAUGUCAGGCUCUCCUCCGAGACCGGGGGCAUGGGAAGCAGCUAGGAGGGCCCCGGCGCGGCCUGCGGACCCCUCGGCCUCCACCACCACCACCACCACCCACCGUGUUCCCUUUAGCAGCAGCCCCAGGUUUUAAACUAGUUUGUAAAUUUCUCGGUUCCUCCCAUUGCUCCGCGCCGCUCAUCGGAUCCUCCACUCGGAUUUGGUUUUAUUUUUUGGGUUGGUUUCUUUAUCGUUUUGACCCCCCCCUCCUUUAACCCCACCCCCCUCAUUCUCUGUUAUGGUCGGUUUCAGUUUCCAUUACAGCCUUUUAUUUUGCUCCAUCUUAGUUUGAUUCAAGCUUCUUUCUCCCCCCCCCUCCCCAUCCCUACCCCCCCCCCCCACUUUAAACCCUGUUUCUUUUUGGCUCAUGGCGUUUCUGUUUCGUCCCGUUGUUGUUCUAUUAAGAGUUUGGAUGAGCGACACAUUUCAGUUUCAGUUCUGUUGUAAAAAAAAAAAAAAA